AUGUCGACGGGCGCGCCUGAGGAGAGCAGCCGGUGGUGCUCCUGGGCUUGCCGCCUGCGGGCCUUCGCCACCCUCAGUGUCCUGAGCGCGGCGAUGCUGGCCAUGGCCCGCUACGCCGACACCUGGCGCAACGUCCUGCUCUGGGCGUUGCUGGGCCUGACGAGUGGGGCUGCCGCCGUGGCCUGCCUCACGAGCGUGAAGUGCCCCCGCCGCGAGACCCCUGCCACGGAGAGCGCAGAGGUGGUGCGGCUCCGCGAGGAGCUGGCAUUGCUGAGGGCCACCAUGGCGGCCGGUGGCGCAGCUCCAGUUGCUGCUGACGAAGCCGACCUCGCCGACGGAGGAGGGGUCGCGGGGGACGCGGACCAGCCCCCGCCCUUCGGCAUCCCUGGUGCAGCGGCUGCUGGCGCUGCCCCGAGCCCCGGAGCUGGGGCGGCGGCGCCUACCUAUGCGCCUGCCGGGGCCUCCGCUCUGGGCGACCUCGCGGGCUGGGCAGGAGCGGCAGGCGUGAAGACGGCCCUCAUGACGUUCGGGGGCACCAGCUCGGUCGAUCCCUACUGGGCCUUCAAGUUCUGGAGCCACGUCGCCAAGAUGGAGCUGCAGGGCGAAGUGAGCGAGCCGGUGGUCAGGCUCCUGAGGGGCCACGGCUACGUGGGCAACGGGACGGUGACCGCGCGCGGCCUGGACGCCCUUGACCAGGCCGCGCCACCGGCGCUGGGAGGCACAGCAGGCGACCCUUUGGCUUUGGGGAGCCUCACGUCGGCGGCUGGCGGUAGCCAGGAGACCAGGUGGGGAGCCUCGCUCCCCCCGGACCUGCAGCGGGCCGGGGCGGAGAUCUACCGAUCGAUGAGGGCGGAAGGCUGCACUUCCGUCAGGGACUGGCUCUCUUCCCGGUAUAGCGGAAGCAGGUCCUCGCCAGUCUGGACCGAUUUGUGGACGAUGGCGACCACAGUGGACUUUGCAGUGAAGGACUGCGGCACGGAGGAGGCGUUGAUGAGGUUCCUGGGGACGAACGACCUGAUGGAGAUCUCUCUCAGGCGUCUGGCGGCCUAUAUGUACGAGAGCCGCUCAGGGGACCGCACUGGCGCGCUCCACAUGCUCGGGGUUUCCCCUCCGGGCAGCCAGACCGACGUGGCGCCGAGCUGGCUGGUGCAGGCCGCGACGGCGCACAGCAAGGCCGAGCACCAGCGCUCCGAGAGGGUGGCCGCCCAGGCCAAGCGCCAGGGCAAGGGCGACAAGGACAAGCCCCCGAAGGCCCCGCCGAAGGGCCCGCCCCCCGCGGGGAGGGGCAGGCCCGCCGAGUGA